AUGCCCACAGUUGAGCAUCACCCAGGCGGCAAAGGACUGCCUCAUAAGCCUCAUGAUGGCAGGUUCUCUUCCUGCAACAGUCCCUCUAGCAGUGCUGAGGUCAAAGCAGAGACAACUGGUGUCUUAGCUGAGAUGUAUGGAAUAUUGGAGUCAUCCACUCACACAGUUUUCAAUCUGCAGCAUGAAUCAAAGAAACAAGCUCUGGCCACAUGCAUCACCCACAAAUAUGAAUCAAUGGCCAAGUUGUACAAGUACAAGGCAGGCAGUGGUGAGGCAAGAGUCCACAAAAAAGAUAUGGAGGUUGGCUCAUUAUGUGUAGCAAUGAAAAAACAUGGACUGGGGGAGCCUAUUUUUGACAUUAGUGUUCUGGCCAGUGAGCUGCAGCCAUCUCUCAAGUCUGAUGGCACAGUUAUUGAGCAUGCUGGUAGUCAAAUACUCACCAUUCAUCUAGACUAG